GGCCAAACCAGUCAUCGGUCGAGACUAUUUGACACGAGCGUGAUGGCUUCAGCUGUGAAUUUUGGGAGAAGUCUUCUGUUAAGUUGCAGACUUGGUUCUUUGCCAUUCUCAGGUGUGAAAGAGAUAUGGAGCCAAAAAAGAACAUUUAAUAUUCAUUCAAUAUGCCGUCUUAGCCAGCAAGCUGGCCUGGGGUCAAGCAAACCAUGGCAACUAGCAAGCGCAGUGUGCCUGGAAAGGUUUCCGGUUGUCUGCCAAGAAGAGAAUGAGAUUGAACAACGCUACAUUGACAUGAUCAACAAUGUGGAGUUGGAGAAGAGUGCCCUGUCCCAGCAUGAGUUGUCUGUGGCAGCAGACAAGAGGAGAAUGGCUAAAAAGCAGUCUGGGGAGCAAGACGAAGAAGAAAAGGAUGAUGGUGGAGAUCUCUUAACUGCCCUUGACUUGGAGGAUAUAGCCACAGAAGAGUUAGCAGGAUUUCAGGUAGCACCAAGACUUACAGGAGCUGAUGAGCGAGAAGAAAGACAUUCCCUGGAUCGUGAACUCUCAAAUAAACUAGUGUUGAUAGUCAAAUGCAAGAUGGGAAAGGAUAGUGUGUGGCUGCUUCCUUAUGGCAACAGAGAAGAAGGAGAGACUAUGAAAAAUGCAGCUAUGAGAGUGCUGGGGGACCAUGCAGAUGAUUCAGGAGCUCUUAGGGCUCACUUCAUGGGCAAUGCACCUGUUGGUUUCUACAAGCAACGUUACCCCAAGGCAGUCCAAGAGCAAACUGGGAAAGCAGGUGUCAAGGUAUUUUUCUUCAAAGCCCAGUACGUAUCAGGAAUAUUUGAGAAGAAAACAGACUCGCCAACUGUAGAAGACUACCUGUGGGUAACUCAAGAAGAAUUACAUCAGUACCUCUCAGAACCAUAUCUACAAUCUAUCCAGAAGUUUAUGUUGCCUUUAUGACAGUGUAUUAAUCAAGAUUUAUAUUGCACUUAUGUUUUGAGAAGACACUUACAUGUUUACAUGGUAGAGGAAUAUUGUUGGUAGGUAUCCCUUCCUCUGAACAUAGAAAGCAGAAUCUAACUGGCCAGUCAAGCCAACCUUUAUAGUCUAUACGUUACAGACUCAUAUGGAAUGUAUAAUAACACUAUGGCUAAGAGUUGAUAGCCUAGCUGUUUUACUUUCUAUAUCAACAAAUAGAGAGGUUAGGGACGCAAUAACCCUCAGGGUCUUGUGAUUAAGACAGGAUGUUCUGUAUAACAGAUAACAUGGAUUUAUACUUGCUCAUGACAUGAAGAAUAAACUUGCAGUGGAGAAAGCUGAGUCCACCCCAAUGGGAAGUUGAUUUGAAAAGAUAGAGGAAACUCAAGGAAUAAGAAAUUUAGAACUUUUAUGAGUUGUAAAUUUAUAAUUAUGAUCAAAGUUUUCAUUUUUUGUAUAUUUUAUCAUAAAGCAGCUACUAGAAAGUAACCAACAUUAUUUUUGGAAUGUCAACCAGCAGCUAUGCUAUACAUACAUCAUAGGAGAAGUACGAGAAAAAAAUUGUAUCCCAUAUUUCCAAGUAAUAAAAUCCAUGUGCAAAAGAAAUUGGCAGUUCUCUGCUUAUUGAGCGAAUGACAGUUAAAAACAAGCAAAUUUGCUCAAUGCCAUAAUUUUCUAAUUCUACACCCAAUUUUGAUUAAAUUUUCAGCUUUAUGGUCUUUAGUUUCUCUCUAUUUAUUCAAAGUCAAAAGGACAUUUAGGAAAGGGGAUCUAAAUUUUUAUGAGAUAUGUUUUAAAAUUAGGAAUUGAAGUACUCAUAAAAAAAAAUUAAAAUGAUAUGCAGCAUUGCUAUGCUAGUAGUGAUUGAUAGAAUGCUUCAAAGCCCUGGUAGUAUUUUCCCCACAAGUGAAAAGCUCAGCAACAAAGCUGAGGAGACUUGUUUUGUCACCUGAAUACAAUAAAAACAGUCCAAUCAUAUUGCUAAACAGAUAGCACAGAAAUGUUUUGUCUGCAGUUGCUUGGAAAAACUUGUGACAUCAAGAAAUCUUGAUGUUACAAGCCUUUCCCUGCAAUUUCAGAAUUUUGUUUUAAAGACUGGAAGCCUAUUAAGGCAUAUCUUAAAAAUAGUGUAAUUUUUUUUGUUCAUCAUGUCUGACCGUAAAACAUCAUACAUGGCUCUGUUUUUAUCAUACAUGAAUUAUACUUUCUACUUCAUACAUUCAUAUGUACCUCUCAACAUUGCCUAAUUAGUUGAAGUAAAUAUUGUGUACAAUGAUUUUGAAUAUGAAAUACAUCCAUGAAUGUAUUUGUAAUUAUUAUAUGCUUCCAACUGUGUCUGCAUUAUGGGAUCGGUUGCUCGUGGAUAUGUUUAAAAGUGUUGAAAGUUGUUUUCAAGAGUCUUUUUCUUUAUUUUCCUCUCACUAUUUCAUGCGGGUCCCACCCCCUGCCCUCUUUUAGUAAUGCCCUUGCCUUACAGCAUUAUAACCUACAUGUAUUGAGAUACUGAAAUAAUAUUUUUACAACAAAAAGAGUGCUUAUAUUCCUUACUUCAUCCACCUUGUCAUAUCUAGGAUAUAGUGUCCCAAGAAUUUAAUGUAAUUAUUGAACAGGAUCCCAUUAUAUUCAUUACAAUAAAAACACUGAAUGGACAAGAUA